UGCAAUAUAUCCGUGCCUGGCUCUCGGAAAGUGUGGACGAGACGGUGUAGGUGGGCUAGGAGUUAUUUGCAAGGGUGCUUGCAGACCGCGAAGCGUAGAGGAGAACGGCAGAAGGACGGAGCGGAGAGGGGAGGUGUAUGGAUCUCCAAGCGGCUCGGCCCAGGACACCGCCUGGGAACCCAGCCGCGUGGGAGCGGGCGACCCUACCUCCAACCCCCUUGCUGUGCGCCGGCCCAACCCCUAGAAGUCAGCGGACGGCGGAGGAGGUGGCCCGGCCUCUCUCCUGGUGGUCCUGCGCCCGCGGGAUCCUUCCUUCCUGCUGACCCAGGGUGCUCAAGGGUCAGCCGGGUCGGACCCGCAGGGGAGUGUCCACGGACCGGCUCAGGCAAGACUCCUGAAGACGAUGAUUAUCAUGUGAUGAGCACCUAAGCUGAACUGGACCCUGUGCUGAGCACUUUCCAGCCAUUAUCUCACUCAAAUGAGUUCAGGACGAGCGUGAGGAGGCUCCUGGCAGUUGGGCUGUUCCGGGCCGGCGGCAGGAGGGAGCUUGAUGCGUGCCUGGCGUGCGCAGGCCGAUGCCGCCGGCAGAAAAGAGCGAGGGGCCACCGGUCCCGGCGCCCGCGGAACGCGCCCGAGGCCGGGUGCCGGGCCUGCCGUCGCCGGCGCUGUGCUGCGCCUGCGGUCUGUGCGCGCUGCUGGCGGGCGUGAACGUGACGCUGGCAGGCGCCUUCGCCUCCUUCCUGCCUGGGCACAAUGCGCUGCUCGUCGCGGGGCCGGCGCUGCUGGUGCUGGCGCUCGGCUUCUUCGCGGCCUGCUGCGUGUGUAGCCGCCGGGGCCCCGCGACCCGUGCGCGCUCGGCGGCCGCGGCGGGCCCGGGCCAGGGUGGCGGCCGCGCCGGGUCCGUGGCGCUGGAGAUGGAGAGCAGCGAGCCCACGGCACAGGACACCACGGCCGUGCAGCUCAGCCCUGCCGUCUCCGCCGCGUCCUCCGGCCGCUCCAGCCCCGGCCCCAGCCCCCUCACCUUGGAGGCCCCGGCGCUAGCGGCGGUCUGCGCGCUGCGCUCGGGAGGAGUCCAGCUCAACCCGCCCCGGGAGCGGGCCGCCCCCUAGCGGACCAGGGCCCCGCCGUGACUCUGCUGUCCGGGUUCAUUCCCCUUAGGAAUUUAAGGGGGGAAAAGAAAGAAAAGAAAAAAGAAAA